GGGGGAGAACUUCACAGCCCUCUUGAAUAAAAUGCUAAGUUAUGCAUAACUGAUUUGGCAAAACAGACUGAGAAAUGCUGUUGCAUGAAAUGCUGGCAAGAAACUCCACUCUAUUGAUUCAUAUAGGACAGCCUGCACUGCUAUAAGGGUGGAGAGAAAAAAAAGGAAUGGAGGCAAUGCAGGGAAUGUCAUAAUAGAAAUCUGCAUUAGGUUGUUGGAUUUAAUAGGGAGAGGGUGAAGAUAAGGGACGUCUGCUUCAUGUGAAUGGUGGAGUUAACAUGAGGUACUAUGCUGAAUUUUGAGAGAUGGUAGACAUUAAAUCUGACGACUAUGCAAAGAAAGACCAUGGAGAAGUCAAGUAGUGAGGAUUCCUCAAUUCAUCGGAGUCCAUCUUUGGAAAGCAAGGACUCAGACUUUGUUAAACCUUCUACCUCAGGCAGGCAAUUUGGUCGAGGCUUCAGUGCUGGAGCUUUCUAUGGUACUACUGGAUCACCUACAGAGAACCGCAACACAGCUGGAACUGGAACUGGUUUAAAAAAUGACAAAUACAAAGCACCCAAAGGCAGCAAAUAUGUGGUCUUUUACUUGGAUCUAUCAUUUGUUUUCCUUUUAGAAUUUAAGAAGUGCAGCAUGGCAAGAGGCUGCUUGUGUUGUUUGAAAUACAUGAUGUUCCUUUUCAAUUUGAUAUUUUGGUUGUGUGGCUGUGGGCUCUUAGGUGUGGGAAUAUGGCUAUCAGUGUCGCAAGGAAACUUUGCCACAUUUUCUCCCAGCUUCCCAUCACUGUCAGCUGCCAACCUGGUCAUUGCCAUUGGUACCAUCAUCAUGGUGACGGGCUUCCUAGGCUGCUUGGGUGCUAUCAAGGAAAAUAAGUGCCUCCUUCUAAGUUUUUUCAUUGUUUUGCUGAUCAUUCUCCUGGCUGAGCUGAUAUUACUCAUUUUGUUCUUUGUUUAUAUGGACAAGGUUAAUGAAAAUGCAAAGCAGGAUUUGAAAGAAGGUCUCAAGCUUUACAACACUGACAAUAAUGUUGGGCUGAAGAAUGCCUGGAAUAUCAUUCAAGCAGAGCCGCCAAAAAUUUCUGAUGGAUUAAUAAAUCAGUUUCCCAUUUGUCUUCAUAAUUCUCUGCACCUCUUGAACAAGAUGGGCAGUGAGCCUCCUGAAUAUGCUUUGGGAGGAUUUGCCAUACAGGGCCUUAAAGGGCCAGCUUCCUCCACACAAUCGACCUCAAAGUCUUGGUGCUGCCCAGGAAGAAAUCUCUUUGGGGGAAGAAGGGAGAGAGUACAGGGAUGCUAUGAAAAAGUCAAGAUGUGGUUUGAUGAUAAUAAACACAUUCUUGGGACAGUUGGAAUGUGUGUCCUGAUAAUGCAGAUACUUGGUAUGGCUUUUUCCAUGACUCUCUUCCAACAGAUUCGCAGGACUGGUAAAAAAUACGAUGCAUAAAACAACCACAUCGGCACUUCUCUCUUGCCAUUAAAGGCUGGGGGAAGCAACCCUGAAAAUGAGAAUCAAGUUUUAUUCUACCUGAGGCCUCCACCUACCAAUCAAUCUAGAGCAUCUGUUACAUGACUGAUUAAGAACCGAGCACAAAAGAUUACUGGACUUUUUGUUUCUUCUCAUUCACCAUUUUUGCCAAAGAAGAGAGGAAACAUAUUGAAAAUAUAUCAGUUUUGUACACUAAUUCAUAGUUCCAUUUUUAAACUGCUAACAUUAUUUAAGAACACUCUUUACUGUACUAAUCCAUGUUAAACCUGUGAGUGUAACUUGGCUGAUGGAUGUUUAAACUUCUAGAAGGAAGACUUUUGAAGUGCUUCUAACAGGUCAACAAACUGCUUAUUCCUUACGUGAUACUGGGAGACUUGAAAAAGCCACUCAGAUGAAGAGCCCUACGAAUUGGAGUUGCUUUGGUUGUUUUUUGUUUUGCUUGUGUGUGCGUGUGUGUGCGCACUUUUGGGGGGGUGGGGGGUUACUUUAUUGUUUCUAACUUUCUACUGUUUUCCCCUUUGUUUUCUUAUGAGUUCUACUUUGCAAUCUUUGUGGGGUAUCAUUUUAGACUUAGUAAUUAAAAGCCAGAAAGAAGAAUACAGCUGUAUUUUUAGCCUUGGUAUUAUGAGGCUAAAUAAAUAACAAAGCUGGGACAGAUGGUAACUUCUUAGGUAUAUACAUUUAGACUUUUUGGGUACUGUAAAAAUGGAACAAGCAUGCAUUUAGAAACAUAGAUUCAGAAGAGAAUUAACUGCCUCUCCCUAAUGAGCUUGUGCAAGCCUGGUCCUUAGGCUCUGGAAAAACACUACGAACCCUCAAACCUUCCUGUGUUACUCCUUAGUUCUGCAUAUUCUUACAACUCUGUUAGGAGCAAAAUACUUUUGAUAAUUCCAGGGGCGUGUAUUUACAUAUAGUGUACUGUUUCCUUGUUCCCUGUAAAAUCUAGGAAUGAAAGGAAAAGUAGGCUAAGAUUCCCUUCCACAAGAAUGCAUCUGUACUUAUUAAAUAACAAUUUCUAAACUUUGUGCCAAGGUAACCUGCUACCGUGUCAAAAUAAAAUAUUGAAUAGC